UUAGCCAGUAGUGUCUUUUAACUUCGCCGUUCGUUUGCGAGGAUAGUCCUAUGCCGCUAUGGCUCCGACGGAGCCCCUUGACUCUACGCUGGACGUAGGCUUUGGUGCUUGGAGUUCGGAGCUGGAGAUUGGACCUCCACCGACCUCUCGGCAGAGGAAAGCAACUGCGUCAUACUGCCUAGAGCAGUUACUUGCCUUGGCCGACCUCCGGGCCGUGGCCGCAUUGCGAAAGCAGCAUAUCCUUUCUACCAGGCACCCACGUGGCGGCACCCACCCACCGCCUCUCAACCACCACCUCCAAGCAGUAAUCCAGCUACGGCAGAGCGCGGCCAAGCGGCAAGCCGAGGAGCAGGCAGCAGGUCACCAGCCCGCUGCCUCCGCCGCCGCUGCCGUCACCUCCGUCGGCAGGAAACCCAUCGUUGUCGUACCCCCGCCGGGUGCGGCCGCCGCCGGGGCGCCGGCGACAGCACCGCUAGGGUGCCACCUGGCACGUCGCUGCCCCGCUGCGGGCGGCCGGACUGCAACCCCCGGCGGUGCCGCUGGCGGCAGCGGAAGGGGAGCGGCGGAGGGAAGCAGCCUGGCCCGCGUGUACGGCAGUCGCAUCCGAGUCAGCGAGCUCCCAGAGGACUAUGCCGAGUACUUCCAGGGUCUGGAACCGGUCGCGCAGCCCGAACCUGCAGAGGAGCUAGAUCCGAUGAGUCCGCUUCUGGAUCCAAAUGCCGUACACAAGAGGCAACGCUUGGGGCCCGAUGCGGCGGCGGCGACGAUGGCGCCUGGGGCGAUGAUGCUGGGCGGUGCGCCGGUCGCCUCUAGCGGCAACCUGCUUGGGAGCGGCGCUGUCGGCGCGGAAGUGCCUUUCCUGAUGCAGCCGCAUCCGCAUGGUGCCUUCCAGCAGCAGCCUGAGCCUCAAGCCAUGAGCGGUGGCAUGGCCGCCCCACCGGCAGGAGGGCUGCUGGCGCCCUUCCUGCCACCGCAGCCGUCAGCUGCCGCGGGGGCGGCAGCAACGCCAGCAGACCCCUCAGCAUCCCUCAUGGGCUUGCCGUACGGCACAAUGACGCAGUACGGCACCCUGGGCCAGCAGCCGCUGCCGUCGACCACGAUGGCUGCGGCGCAGCAGCAGCAGCAGGCUCUGUACGGGGCUGUAGCGCCGGCGGUGGCGGGGGCAGCGCUGGGUGGUGGCGGCGGCAUGGGGGGAGGCUUUGGCGGGGUUGGGAGUGUGCCGGCGCGGGCGGUAGGUGCGGAUGAGCUCAUGUUGGACGAUGACGACGAUGAUCAUGAGGAUGAUGAUGACGACGAGGAGGAGGAGGGCGAUGGGGACGCGGCGGAGAUGGAUACGCAGCUGGGGGAUGCCUUUGACGCGUUGGGGGACACGCAGG